UAGCGGAAAGCGCAAAAUUCAAGCUCGGCUCACUGGCCGUCAUCAGGAGCAUUUAUCAUAUCUUAGUUUGAAUGGAGAGAACCUAAACAUGCACAAAUUGUCUGGAGAGACUGUUCGUCUCAUAUCCAGUGCUCAGGUCAUCACAUCUAUUGCCAGUGUUGUGAAGGAGCUUAUUGAAAACUCACUGGAUGCUAAUGCUGAUAACAUUGAAAUUAAAUUGGAAAACUUUGGCGUCGAUAAGGUGGAGGUGCGCGACAACGGCGAUGGGAUCCGGGCGGAAGAUGCAGAUUUCAUGGGUCGAAGACACUACACUUCCAAACUAACCAGCCAUGAUGAUCUGGAAAACUUGUUCACCUAUGGCUUCAGGGGAGAAGCUCUGGGUUCACUCUGCGCAGUGUCCAAUGUUGCGAUAGCAACAAAGACCAAGGAUGAGGAGUUUGGAAGAUGCUAUAUUCUAGAUCAUGAGGGGAUCGCUUCAUCACCAAAGCCAUCACAAUGUUGCACAGGCACGACUGUAACUGCUUCCCGUCUCUUCCACAACGUUCCAGUCCGGAAGCAAUAUUACAGCAAUGCCAAGCGACGCAGGGAGGAGGUCAAGAAGGUGGAAGACCUCCUGCUCAGCUUUGGCGUGGUUUGCCCAGGAGUGCGCUUCUCUCUGAGCCACAACAAGGCAUCUAUAUGGCAGAAGAAUAAAUUGCCUAACCUGAAGACUGCCCUCUUGAAUGUUCUUGGGUCCAAUGUCAUGGGCCACCUUACGAGGGUUGAGAAGAACGAUGAAGAGACACAGGUUAAGAUUGAAGGAUAUUUACCCAAGCCUGGCUCAGAUGCUCAGUUGACCUCAAGAUCUACAGAUGAUCGUACUUGGAUUUCAGUCAAUGGACGGCCAGUAACAAUGAAAGAUUUUUCUAAGUCGUGAAAAUGUUGGGGUUCAUGACACUAAGUCCCCCCGUCUCUUCGCCAUUGAGUCAAUGCUGGUGAUCAAUAACAUUUUUUGCUCUCCGUCAUAAAAUUGUUUAAAAGCUUUGGAGAUUCUGAGUCUCCAGUAAUUACACAAUACAGAUUCCUUUAUUCAUCUUUUGAACAUAUAUUUCACCAUUUUCUAGAUUAUUUUCAUCUAAAAGCCUUCUAACAUCAAGAAAAGCGGCAUUAAAUUUUAUAGAUCUUUUAUAGUUUGCACCCUGGAGAAGUGAGAGUAAUGAUUAUACAUACGUCAUAUUGCUUUUAUUUUCUAGUUUCUAUUUUUAUGAGUAUAGGUGAAAUCUACGAGGUGCUGAAAUGAUACAUGAACAAAAGAAUAUCGAAUGGAGGUAAUUUGAGGGGCCGUUGCAGAAGUCAUUACAACACAAUAAUAUCCAAGUCCCGAUCCAAGUCUUUUGGAAGCGCAUAGAAACUUAUACCCCUUUCAUAUUGCGCUUUUCACCAAAAGCCAAAGUCUUCUCCUUCUUCUCCUCCUCUUUCUCCCCUUUCUUCUUCUUUGCCUUCUUCUUCCAUAAUAAUCAAUAGAAAUAAGAUUCACAGUAUAUUUGUAUGCAUCCCUCCUCCAAUCUUCAAGGAAUAAGUUUCCCAUUAACAUGAUUAAAGAGAUAUUAUCUUAUACCCCCUCCUCCUCUAUGUCUCUGUCUAUCUCUUCCCCUCUCUCAGUUUCGUCCUCACACGCAUACACCCACACACAACCUAACACACACUCCCACAUGUACACCCGCAUACAUCCCUUCUCACACAGUCUGGACUUAAUUAAAGCAUAAUAAAAUAAAAGUGAAAAAGACAGUGAGUGCUUAUCACAAUUUUACACUGAUUUGUUUUUUUUUUCUCUCUUUCUAAAGUUUCUGUCUCAAGUACUGUAGAAUAUCGAGGUGGAAUUAUGGUAAGUGUCAGGGUUGUGAUUAAUGUCAGAGUUAGGAUGAGUGUUACGAUAAGUGUUAGUGUUGGUGUUAGAGUAACAGGAAGGUAAGGACAAGAUUAUGGUAAAGACAGGAUUAAACUGGAUUAGUGUUAGGGUUAACGUUAGUAUUGAGGUUAGUGUAGAUAUUAGGCUUAAUGGAAUUAAAGUUGGUUUCAGAAUGCAGAAUCAGCAUACAAUGUUAGCAUUCAUUAAUGAUAGAGUCCGUGUUAAAGAUCAGUGUUAUGCCCAUAGCUUUGGGUCGCAAAUGU